AGUUUAUCAUUAAUUCACAGCCAUUCGAUCCAAGAUCAUUGCAAUAUUAUAUCAAUGUUCUUCUUCAUUAUAUUUAUUUUUAUUAUCAUAAUAUUAAGCUUCAUAUAUUGGAUCGGUGAAAACAAUGAGAGAUAUUGGAAAAAGCGAGGUGUUACAUUCUAUAAGAAGAACAAAGUGCUUGGAGUAUUUUGGGACUUCCUUACGAAAGAUGGACCUUUAUUUCAAAAAUGGUACGAUGUUUACAAGCAAUAUCCUAAUGAUCCCGCUGUCGGUGUUGGCUCUUUGCUCACGCCAGCACUGUAUAUUCGAGAUCCUGUAAACAUACAACAUGUGCUCACAACAAACUUCAACGCCUUUAGUCACAGAGCAUUUAAUCCAAAUGAAGAAGAUGUUUUGGCAAAUAACAUUCUAUUCCUGAAUGGAAAAAAAUGGCAGCUGGUCAGACAGAGCUUAACACCUUUAUUUACUUCCAGCAAGUUAAAAAGCAUGUAUUACAUAAUGGAGAAAAGUGCACAAGAUUACAUCGCUUACUUAAAAGAUAAUCCGAAUUUAACAAAAGGCGAUACAUUUAAUAAUCUCUCGACAUUUUGCUGCGCAGCCAUCGGUGCUGCUGUAUUUGGUGUGACAACAAAAUCUAUUUUUAAGUCUCCUUUCUUAUCAGUCGCGCAUAAAGCAUUUAAGCCAACUUUUCUACGAAACAUUCAAUUUACUAUUGCUAACGUGAGUACAAGUAUGUUUAAAACAUUAAAUAUAAAAUUUUUCAAAGAAUUUGAACCAUUCUUUAUUGGUGCAAUAAAACAAACGCUUCGUCAACGAGAACGUGAAAAUGUGAAAAAACAUGACUUCGCAGAUAUAUGUGUGUCGAUACAAAGUAAAGGAACGUUAAAAGAUCUUGCGACAGGAUUCAAAUUGGAGCCGACCGAUGAGCUUCUCGCAGCUCAAGCAUUUUUCUUCUUUAUAGCAGGAGUCGAACCAACAGCGUUUGCUAUGUUUGCAACAUUGAUAGAGUUAGGUAGAAACCCAGAAAUACAACAACGCUUACAUGAAGAAAUUGACGAGACAUUUGAAAAGUAUGAUAACAAAUUGACAUUUGAUGUAAUCGUUGGUAUGAAUUACCUGGAUAUGGUUAUGUCAGAAGCUAUGCGACUUCAUCCUCCUAUCGGUUUUUUAUCUAGGGUGUGUACAGAAGAUACAGUACUUCCUGUUGGUAAUAUUAAAAUUGAUAAAGGAACGAAAGUAUUUACACCAAUCUACGAACUACAUCAUGACCCUAAAUACCACCCAGAUCCCGAAGUGUUUAAUCCGGAAAGAUUUUCUCGAGAAAACCUUAAAACAAUGUUAGACAUAACCUUUCAGCCUUUCGGAAAAGGAAACAGAAUUUGUGUAGGAAUGAGAUACGCUCAGCUACAAGCUAAGACUGGUUUAGUAUAUUUGUUGAGAAACUUUACCGUGAAGACGAACAUUUUUAAAGGUGGUAUAAAAUAUAAAAGAGAUCAAGUACAAGUAAGAUUGGCCAAUGUGGAUGUAGAAUUCGUUCCGAGAACAUAAAUAUAUAUUUAAGAUUAUUACAGACAUUAAAUAUUUGAGAACAAAAUAUUAAUUAUAUAAAUUAUAACUAAUAUUUUUUUCAUGAAACGUCAGAAAAAUUAUUACAAAAGAUUUUAAUGUCUAUUUGUUUUUAAAUAAAUGAAAAUUAUUAUUACGAUUAUAAUAAAAAAAAACUCAUUAAAGAAAUAUUUAAUUAUUAAUUUUUAGUCUCAUUUUGAUUUAAAUCUCUUUUUUAUUGUACCUACUACUAAACAAUUAAACAAUUAAAUUGUACAAACAAUAAUUUAUAUUAUAAAAAUUAAACAAAUUUUAUUUGUGUAAUGUACCACAUUUUUUGAAAACAAACUGAACCUUACUAAAAUCAAUUUAAAAGUUCCAAUCACAAUAUGGCAUUCACUUCAUCCAUAGUUAAUAAACAUUAUUUAAGUUAGGGUAAAAUCUACUAGAAUUCUUUGUUAUCUACUCUUAUUAUUUGUUUAUAUACUAACAUUAAUACAUAGAAAUGAAGCUGG